GUGUCGAGUGUCUCGGAGGAGGAUCCUGUUUUCACGAUCUGCCUCCGUUUACUCAACAGGGUCACCUACCCGUUCCUGAGCGACGGCGUGGCUUCCAUGCUAUCAAACAUGGUGGAGUCUCAGUAUGACCCGCUGGGGCUUGUGGAGGGCGACCUGGACUAUCGCGAUGAAGAUGAAAAACGAAACAAGGACGUUAGUUCGUAUGCAAAGUUGUCGCUUACCGCGAAGCGCGACAAGUUGUUGCAGAACGCCCGUAAAGCACUAGCGUACGCGCCGGGUGACAAGGAAGAAGAGUGA